AUGAGAGGCUUAACUGUGUUUCACCUUCUUCUUUCGUCAUUUCUGCUCUGCUGCUUCGUACAGCUGCAGCAACCUGCCUAUGCCGUUAAACAGUCGUACGUUGUAUACUUGGGAUCACAUUCUCAUGGUCCAAAGCCUUCCUCUGCUGAUAUGGAGGCCGCUACAAAUUCUCAUCACGAUUUGCUUGCCCCCAUCUUAAGAAGCCGCGAAAGGGCCAAAGAAGCCAUAUAUUACUCAUAUAACCGACACAUCAAUGGCUUUGCCGCAUUACUGGAAGAUGACGAGGCAGCAGAGAUCAGAAAAAAUCCAAGAGUAGUGUCGGUGUUCUUGGGCAAAUCGCAUGAGCUGCAUACAACCAGGUCAUGGGGGUUUCUAGGACAAGAAAGAAAUGGAAGAGUCAGAGCUGACUCAGCUUGGGUCAAAGGAAGAUUUGGUCAAAAUGUGAUUAUUGGCAGUAUUGACACCGGUGUUUGGCCAGAAUCCAAAAGCUUCCGGGAUGAUGGCUAUGGUCCCGUUCCUAAGAAGUGGCGUGGAGGAUCGAAAUGCGAGCUUUACAGUCGGUCUGGUCCCAACAGAACUCUUUGCAACAGGAAGCUGAUUGGAGCAAAAACGUUCUAUCAAAGCUUUGAGAUAAAACAUGGGAGCCUUGGCCCUCGAAGUGAAGUCACCGCUCGUGACGUAGUGGGGCAUGGGACCCACACUUUGUCGACAGCAGGUGGCAACUUCGUGCGAAACGUCAGCGUUCUGAACAACGGCAAUGGAACAGCCAAGGGAGGAUCUCCCAGAGCUCGUCUUGCAGUGUACAAGGUUUGCUGGAGUACUCAUAGUGCUGAAGAGUGCACUGAUGAAGACAUGCUUCGUGCUUUUGAUCGAGCCAUCGACGACGGCGUUGAUAUUAUCUCCGUUUCAAUUGGUCGGAGUGUCGUGCCUGAUGUUAAUGACAUGUUGACCAAUGGGAUCUCCAUAGGAUCCUUCCAUGCGGUUUCCAGGGGAAUCCUAGUCGUUGCCUCUGCUGGAAAUAACGGACCACGACCUCAUACUGUGGGCAAUGUAGCGCCUUGGAUCUUCACUGUUGCCGCUGGCUCCAUAGACAGGGAAUUCAGCAAUAAUAUUACCCUUGGUAAUGGCCAAAUCAUUCAGGGCACAAGUCUUGCCAUAAACUCGACAUCUCAGAGGUUAAUUCCUGUGGUCAUUGCUGGGAAUGCCAGGCUUCCUAAUGCAACAUUUCAAGAUGCUCAGCUUUGCAAAACUGGAACUCUCGAUCCUAACAAAGUUAGGGGUUGCAUAUUAAUAUGCCGAAGAGGAAGGAGUCUAUUGCCGGUGGACAAGGGCCAAGAAGCAAAGCGCGUAGGCGCAUUGCAAAUGAUUUUACGAAAUGAUAAGGAAUUGAACACACGUACAGCUGAUGUUCAGCCUGUUGACACCUCCAAUCUUCCUCAAAAUGCAGGUAAAAAGAUGAGUGGAGGACUAAGCGAAUCGUAUUUCGACAAAAACAAGAACCCACUUGCAUUCAUGAAUAAUGCAAAGACAUUUAUACCAAUAACGCCAGCUCCAACGAUUUCUGCAUUCUCAUCAAGGGGACCCAACUUAAUUCUUCCCUCAAUCCUCAAGCCCGAUGUAGCUGCACCAGGUCAGGGUAUAAUUGCUGCUUAUUCAUUUGCGGCAAGUCCCAACAACCUAGAUUCAGAUCAACGUCGCUUUAACUAUACUGUUCAGACCGGGACUUCCAUGGCAUGUCCUCAUGUUUCUGGCAUUGCUGGUCUUGUUAAAAAUCGCCAUCCUAAUUGGAGUCCUGCAAUGAUCAAGUCAGCAAUCAUGACCACAGCAAGCACUCUGGACAACACCAAUAGACCGAUUAAGGAUGAACAAGAUAGUAGCAUAGCAACUCCAUUUCAUUACGGCACAGGAUAUGUGAAUCCCAACCUUGCAAUUGACCCUGGACUUGUUUAUGAUCUCAAAACUUCCGAUUACCUCAACUUGUUAUGCUUCUCUUUUUACGAGGAAAGAAUAAUUGAAGCUAUUAAUUAUAAUAGGCCAUACAAAUGUCCAAGGUCUUACAGACUACAAGAUUUCAACUAUCCUACCAUCACAUUGCCUUUUCUGGGAGUGAAACCUGUCAAUGUUACUCGUACAGUAACAAAUGUUGGGCCUCCAAGCACAUAUACUAUAAAUAUUAAAGCCCCAAGAGGAUUUAAGGUUGUUGUUCUUCCAACAACUUUAACCUUUCAGAGGACAAACCAGAAGAAAAGCUAUAUGGUUAUUUUGCAGGCAAUACGUUCAGCCAAAACUUCAAAGCCUUCAUUUGGAGAGUUGACAUGGACUGAUGGCAAGCACAGAGUGAGAAGUCCUAUAGUAAUCCCUGAACAUGAGAAAAUGGCUAUGUAGAUUUCAGUGUUACCAAUAAUCCACUUUGUUUGUGUAAUAGUUUGUGAGAGGCAGUAGUUUUAAUUAGUGUGUGCUCAGAUGUGUGUGGAUGUACUCAUCUAUGUCUUAUUACAAUAAUAAAGCGACCAGUCUACUCGAGAGUUACUCUCGCAACUUUCUCAACUUCUGAUUUUAUAUCUUA